AUGGAGUACAAGCUGGCAGUGGAUUCCACCAAGAAGGCCACGGAGCUGCCGCUGCUGAGGAUUUGUGGCACUGUGCAACAGAAUCCGCAUAUGCGUGCCUUCUGGGCCAGCACAAUCUCUUUCUUCCUUGCCUUCCUGGGCUGGUUUGCCUUGGCGCCUUUGGGUCUCGAAGUUGCGACCAGCAUGGGGACGUGCGAGAACCAGCUCUUCCCUCCUACGGACUUCCCAAUGCGACCAGCCUACCUGAAGUUCAAGAACUUGAAGAGUGGGCUGAGCUAUUGCCAGUAUGGUGUCCUCAAGGAGGACGGCAAGCUGAUCGACUGCAAAGACGUCCCCGCAGAUGUGGAGAGCGGUGCCGACUCAACCGCCGAGCAGAAGGAGAAGUACAGGCCCCAGGUGCUCGCAAAGUGCGUGUGCACCCCAGGCACUGAGUGCAAGUCGGUGAUAGCGAACGCGGGCGUGGCCUCGGUUGCAUCGACCAUCUUCGUGAGGAUAGCCUUGGGGACGCUCCUAGAGCGCUUUGGCCCGGUGAACGUUCAGUGCGGCUUAAUGUCCUUCGGGGCUUUCUGGGUGGCCAUGGCGGCCGCCAUUACGGCUCCAUGGAACUAUACGCUGAUCCGUUUCUUCAUAGGCUGCGCUGGCGCCACGUUCGUGACCAAUCAGUUCUGGUGCUCGCUGAUGUUUGCCCCCAACGUGGUCGGCACGGCCAACGCCACUGCGGCCGGUUGGGGCAACCUGGGAGGCGGCGUGACCCAGAUUUUUAUGAUGUCAGUACUUUUCAAUCCUAUGGUGGCCUCCGGAAUGGAGCCGAAUGUUGCCUGGCGUGUCUCCAUGGUGGUGCCAGCGGUCAUGUUCGUCGUUUGUGCCAUUUGCAUGAAGCUCAUGUGCUGGGAUAUGCCGACGGCACGCAACUACGAUCCGACCGUGACCGGCAAGACCCAAAAGCCUUCGAUGUGGGACUAUGUCGAGGUGCUGCGCGACGUUCGCGUCGUGGAACUCGCAAUGAACAAUCAGUUGGCCACGCAUUUUCGGACGUACUUCCAGAUGGAUGCAGGUGAUGCUAGCGCCCUGGCUGGUGCUUUCGGACUGAUGAACCUGUUCGCACGAUCUCUGGGCAUCAGCAGCGAUGUUUGCUUCAAGUACUUCGGCUUCCGCGGCAUUUGGGCUCAGUUCCUGGCACUCUUCUUCGAGGCUAUCUUCCUGUUUAGCUUCGGAAAGGUGGACAAUUCACAGCCUUGGUACGUGGCCUUGGCAGUCUUGGUUUGCUUCUCGCUCUUUGUGCAGAUGGCUGAGGGCACCUCCUACGGCAUCGUGCCCUUCAUGAACCGGAAGCAGCUCGCAGUUGUGUCCGCACUUGUGGGUGCCGGUGGAAAUCUCGGGGCAGUGAUUGCAGGCUUCUGCUUCUACAAGCCGAUCCAGGACGCCCUGCUGCCUUUCCAGGUCCAUGCGGGCUAUGUCAUGUUUUGGGCGCUGCUGAGCCCCUGCUACUACUGGUCCGAGAUGGGUGGGAUGUUCCACGGACCGGCACAGAGCUUCGAGAAGGCCACGGGCCUCAAGACCAAAGCGGGCAUGUGGAAAAUCCGCGCCAUUAAUUUCGGCAAGACGGGGGGCGGGGACACAGGGAAAGGCAAGACCCAAAGCGGCGAGUACGAGUCUCACGCGGAGUCCGUGGCCACCACUGCGUACAAGCUGGCAGUGGAUUCCACCAAGAAGGCCACGGAGCUGCCGCUACUGAGGAUUUGUGGCACCGUGCAGCAGAAUCCGCAUAUGCGCUGGUUUGCCUUGGCGCCUUUGGGUCUCGAAGUUGCGACCAGCAUGGGGACGUGCGAGAACCAGCUCUUCCCUCCUACGGACUUCCCAACGCGACCAGCCUACCUGAAGUUCAAGAACUUGAAGAGUGGGCUGAGCUAUUGCCAGUAUGGUGUCCUCAAGGAGGACGGCAAGCUGAUCGACUGCAAAGACGUCCCCGCAGAUGUGGAGAGCGGUGCCGACUCAACCGCCGAGCAGAAGGAGAAGUACAGGCCCCAGGUGCUCGCAAAGUGCGUGUGCACCCCAGGCACUGAGUGCAAGUCGGUGAUAGCGAACGCGGGCGUGGCCUCGGUUGCAUCGACCAUCUUCGUGAGGAUAGCCUUGGGGACGCUCCUAGAGCGCUUUGGCCCGGUGAACGUUCAGUGCGGCUUAAUGUCCUUCGGGGCUUUCUGGGUGGCCAUGGCGGCCGCCAUUACGGCUCCAUGGAACUAUACGCUGAUCCGCUGCGCUGGCGCCACGUUCGUGACCAAUCAGUUCUGGUGCUCGCUGAUGUUUGCCCCCAACGUGGUCGGCACGGCCAACGCCACUGCGGCCGGUUGGGGCAACUUGGGAGGCGGCGUGACCCAGAUUUUUAUGAUGUCAGUACUUUUCAAUCCUAUGGUGGCCUCCGGAAUGGAGCCGAAUGUUGCCUGGCGUGUCUCCAUGGUGGUGCCAGCGGUCAUGUUCGUCGUUUGUGCCAUUUGCAUGAAGCUCAUGUGCUGGGAUAUGCCGACGGCACGCAACUACGAUCCGACCGUGACCGGCAAGACCCAAAAGCCUUCGAUGUGGGACUAUGUCGAGGUGCUGCGCGACGUUCGCGUCGUGGUCAUGAUAUUCCAAUAUUCCGCGUGUUUUGGCACAGAACUCGCAAUGAACAAUCAGUUGGCCACGCAUUUUCGGACGUACUUCCAGAUGGAUGCAGGUGAUGCUAGCGCCCUGGCUGGUGCUUUCGGACUGAUGAACCUGUUCGCACGAUCUCUGGGAGGCAUCAGCAGCGAUGUUUGCUUCAAGUACUUCGGCUUCCGCGGCCGCAUUUGGGCUCAGUUCCUGGCACUCUUCUUCGAAGCUAUCUUCCUGUUUAGCUUCGGAAAGGUGGACAAUUCACAGCCUUGGUACGUGGCCUUGGCAGUCUUGGUUUGCUUCUCGCUCUUUGUGCAGAUGGCUGAGGGCACCUCCUACGGCAUCGUGCCCUUCAUGAAGCAGCUCGCAGUUGUGUCCGCACUUGUGGGUGCCGGUGGAAAUCUCGGGGCAGUGAUUGCAGGCUUCUGCUUCUACAAGCCGAUCCAGGACGCCCUGCUGCCUUUCCAGGUCCAUGCGGGCUAUGUCAUGUUUUGGGCGCUGCUGAGCCCCUGCUACUACUGGUCCGAGAUGGGUGGGAUGUUCCACGGACCGGCACAGAGCUUCGAGAAGGGCAAGACUCAAAGCAGCGAGUCCGAGUCUUACACCGAGUCCGAGGCCACCAGUGAGAACUGCAUGUGA